AUGAUUAUUUUCCUCUCCUUUCCGCAAAUGACUUCUCCUUCGAGUGAAAUGAAUUUCCGGAAAGUAGGGUAGAAAGAAUUCUCAUCUCCUCUCACACACACAUUACUGCAAAUGGUAUAUGAUUAUAUAUACACACAAAUUCACCUGAAUAUUCAUCGAUCCGUUGAGGAUCGAAGACAAUAGGAAAAACCCAUAAGCACCCCGAAUCAUUUUCUCUCUCUACAUUCACCUAUUGGAUGAUGUUGAAGGCGUGGAAAUGGUAUCAGAACUGUUUGGCUGUACAUCCUGUCAAGACUCAGGUCAUCAGCUCCGCUUUGAUUUGGGGAUUUGGUGAUAUUGCUGCCCAGACCAUCACUCAUUCCACAGCCAAACAUCAACGAAUUUCUAAUGAUAAACCUUCUAUACAACAAGAUGAAGAUAAAGAAUUCAAGAUCAAUUGGAGACGAGUGGCUACCACUAGCUUGUUUGGUUUUGGGUUUGUUGGACCAGUUGGCCACUUCUGGUAUGAAGGGUUGGACCGGUUUAUAAGGUUGCGACUUCAGCUACAACCCAAAUCCCUGCGAUUUGUUGCUACUAAAGUAGCAGUUGAUGGUAUCAUUUUUGGGCCCUUGGAUUUGCUCGUGUUCUUCACUUAUAUGGGUUUUUCUGCCGGAAAGAGUGUUGCUCAAAUUAAGGAAGAUGUGAAGCGAGACUUUAUCCCAGCCUUCAUGUUGGAGGGAGGCAUUUGGCCAAUAGUUCAGGUUGUGAACUUCCGAUUUAUUCCAGUGAGGAACCAACUCCUCUAUGUCAACUUCUUCUGCUUGUUGGAUAGCUCUUUCUUGUCGUGGCUCGAGCAACAACAGGAUGCUCCUUGGAAGCAGUGGUUCAAAUCUUUGUUGACUUCAAAGGAACAAGAAGGCCAAGGCGGAUAAUUGUUUGUACCACAAUAUUGUUCAUAUUUCUCCUCUGCCCCUAGUGAUGAUAAUGGAGGAUACAUGUCUGAGAAAAAUAUUUUUGCGAGAUUCCUGAAAUACCGACUUGUGUUUUUGAAGUUGGGUUUUAGGAAGUGCUAGAAAUUGGUACGUGUCUCAUCUGAUUUCACUUCACUUCAAACGCAAGGAAGCGGAUUUGACGAUUCCCUAUCCAUUUUUCUAUGCAGUUUUUCUGGCUUUCAACGCCUUGAGGUGUUGAGAUUUUACCUGCUCCAUUAUCAAGUUGAUUGAAAAGUACGAAUAGAGACUUUUUUCUUUCCCUCUUUUUUCCCCUUUUAAAAUUUUUUGGCUUAUUUUAAUUAAAUACAUUAUUGAUUUAUGAGAGAAGUACAUCAGACAAAAUUUCAGCAGCAGUGUUCUUUGUUUCCUUCUCUUCUUUUAAAUCACAAUUGUACUAAAGAAUUCCUCAGUUAUAAUUGCAGAUUCUGGUUCACACAAA